AAUAAAAACCGAACAGCUGUUUUCCCAACUGCAAAGCGCUUGUGUUCCAAAUUUUACGUAAUUCGUAUUUUGAAGCCGAAUUCUGCGCGUAUUGAGAGCAGUUUAGCACGCCUAGCGAAAUGUCGGCCCUCCGCCAAGUGAUGUGCCGAGGCACUGCCUCUCUGCAGCUCUACCAGGCCAACAAACUGGCCGCCGCCCGCUGGGCAUCCGCAUCCUCAUCCUCACCCGACGGCGGUCCACUGGACCCCAAGCUGGCUUUGGCCCGUCCCGAUGAGCUGGAGCAGCGCAACAAGCUGAGCGGCAAGAUCUCGGUGCCCACGGCCGUCAAUCUUGGCCCCAUCACCGGUGUCCCCGAGGAGCAUCUCAAGGAACGCCGCGUCCGCAUCCAUAUUCCGCCCAAGAAUGCCAUGCAGAGCGGCACGGACAACAUCAACACCUGGCAGAUCGAGUUCGACAACCGCGAGCGCUGGGAGAACCCCCUCAUGGGCUGGGCAUCCUCCGGCGACCCGCUGUCCAACAUGAACGUGCAGUUCGGUUCCCAGGAGGAGGCCAUCACAUACUGCGAACGGAACGGCUGGCGCUGGUAUGUCGACGGCGCAGAGAAGCCCAAGAAGGAGCGCGUCAAGAACUACGGCAUCAACUUCUCCUGGAACAAGCGCACGCGCGUCUCCACCAAGUAGGCUCCUCCACCGCCAGGAGGAUCCUCAAGCCAGGAUCAUAGACAAAUGUUUUUUUUUUCUCUUUGCUUUGUUCAUUAUCUGAAUACCCAAAUAAACAGUCGGCUAAACAUAGGAAGUGCUCU